UCCAUUAUGGCUACUUACAAAUAUAUAGUCUGCAUUUGCAGAAUGGAAUCUGUAACCAAGCAUGCAAUUGUGAUUAAAAUCAUAGGUCGUACUGGAUCUAGGGGGCAGGUGACUCAGGUUAGAGUCAAGUUUCUUGACGACCAGAACAGGGUUAUCAUGAGAAAUGUCAAGGGACCAGUCAGAGAGGGUGAUGUUCUCACAUUGUUGGAGUCUGAGAGGGAGGCCAGGAGAUUGCGCUGAGCCCAUAAUUUUGAUUGCCAUAUCGAAAUUUCCUUGAGUACUUGAUUAUUGACUGGGCUUUAUUCCCUAGUUAAUAGUCUUUGGUUUUGUUUGCUUAGACUCUUUAAGUUUGGAUAUGUUGAUUUUGGUGCACUUUAUGUUUCUGGAAUUGUUUUUAUGUUAAAAUUUUGCUAGCAUUGCGUCAAUGGCAACGAGUAAUGGUUCUUAUUUGUUUUCGUGUUUGCUGGAUGGACGUCCAUCUAUCAUGUUGAAUCUUUUUCCAGUGUUCCUUAUGUGUGAUAUUGGUGCUUUUCAGAGGCAA